GGUCUCUCUUGGUUAAAGUUAUCGCAAGAAUUAAGAGACUAGGAACUGAGCCACGUCCGCGCAGCAGUCUUGUAACGGUGGAAGAGCGUAGAAGAGCCGCAAAGGUGAUGAUCGGUUUAGUACAACAGCAAGCCUUCUCCAAAGAGAUAGGUCUUCUCAAGGGAGGGGCUAGCCUUCCAAGCUCGAGCCCACUUAGUCACCUCGACCCAGUUUUAGUUGAUGGGCUUUUGCGUGUUGAGGGAAGACUGUCGAGAUCUACUCUCAGUCAAGAACUUAGGCACCCUAUUAUAUUGCCAAAGGAGAGCCACAUUACCAAACUAAUCUUGUCCCACUAUCACACAGCAACUCGACAUCAGGGACACAAUCAAACUCUAACAGAACUUCGAGCAAAUGGGUUCUGGGCACUUGGUGGGAGCAAAGCGGUUGCCAGGUUGAUACAUAAAUGCGUGCUAUGUCGAAGGCUCCGGCGCUCUACAGAAGAACAGCGUAUGUCAGAGCUCCCCAAGGAACGUUUAGAGGCUUCAGCUCCCUUUACGCACUGUGGUAUGGACUGUUUUGGUCCUUUUGUGACUAGACAAGGGCGCAAGGAGUGUAAAAGAUACGGUCUGAUCUUUACAUGUCUGUCAUCGCGCGCCGUCCACAUAGAAAUGCUUGAAGACCUGUCCACUGAUGCGUUUAUAAAUGGCUUGAGAUGCUUCAUCAGUCUACGAGGGGCUGUGUGCAAAUUACGCUGUGAUCAGGGCACAAACUUUACAGGAGCUAAAAGAGAGUUAAAAGAGGCGCUGAGACAAUGCGAUACCAAGGCCCUGGAAACGUUCUUGGCAGACAAACAUUGCGAGUUCAUCUUUAAUGCUCCAUCAGCCAGCCAUGCAGGUGGGGUUUGGGAGCGCCAAAUUAGAACCAUUCGCAACGUCUUAAAUGCUACAGCAGCUCAAUGUCCAGGUAGGCUGGACGACGCCUCCCUGAGAACCCUGUUUUAUGAGGCUAUGGCUAUAGUCAACAGUCGUCCUUUGACCGUUGAUGGAAUCAGUGACCCUCAGGCCCCUGAACCACUGACCCCCAAUCAUCUCAUCCUUAUGAAAUCUAAGGUUGCGCUCCCUCCGCCGGGAAAGUUUGUGAAGGAAGACGUGUAUGCGACCAAAAGGUGGCGUAGAGUGCAGUACCUAGCGGAGCAGUUUUGGAGUCGGUGGAAAAGGGAAUACCUUAUGAGUAUUUCCCUUAGACAGAAGUGGCACGCACCCCGCCGUAAUCUGAAAUUAAAUGACAUAGUUAUCAUCAAGGAAGAUGUACUUCCAAGAUGCCAGUGGCAGCUGGCACGCGUGGUUGAGACCAUAGAAAGCGAGGAUGGGGCAAUUCGUAGAGUUAAGGUGCAAGCGGGGGAUCGGAAACCAGCGAAAGAAGGAGAUCACACGUCGAGACACUCAAUAAUCGAACGGCCUAUUCAGAAAUUAGUAGUUCUUCUGGAAAAUGAAUAGUUAUCAGCACUGUUUACACACGAAGCUUACAUGACAUUGUAAACAUUGUAAGAGUGUCUAUAACUAAUUUACUAGACCCUGUCUUAAGGCGGUCCAUUUGUUCUAAAAUCAUGUACGUUUUGUUUACCUUAUGGUGUUAUAACAUGAUUUGGUGGGAGUGUAAAAGACCGCUAGUUCGAUACUAUGGUCAUGUGACACUGA